AAAAGAAGGACGCUUCUAGCUUGUGGCGGCCAAAUCAAAUCAACAACUUAACCUCAAUGUCGAUGCGUUUACAAUACGAAUUCGAAUAGGAAACCAAACAUUAGUGUUCGUAAAUAAAAUAAAAGUACCUUUAUUUAACUUUUGUCUAGUAUACAAAUCGUGUGUGAAAAUUUAUAAUGGAUGCAGAUUUGUAUGAUGAAUUCGGAAACUAUAUAGGACCUGAAUUAGAUAGUGAAGAGGAAGAUGAAGACAUUGAGCAGCAAGAGGAAGAUGAGGAACAGCAAGAAUAUGAUGAAGAACAAAUGGACGAAUCAGAACCCCAGUCCAUGGCUGUGGUUCUCCAUGAAGAUAAGCAAUAUUAUCCUACAGCGUUAGAAAUUUAUGGACCUGACGUUGAAACAAUCGUACAGGAGGAAGAUACACAAGCUCUGGAUGUACCUCUUGUUGAACCUGUGAAAAAGAAGAAAUUUCAUUUGAAAGAGCAAGAUGUGCCAGACACGACAUAUAAUAUGGAGUUCCUUACCGAUGUUAUGGAUAAUACUUCUCUUAUUCGUAAUGUUGCUCUUAUUGGUCACCUUCAUCAUGGAAAAACAACUUUUGUCGACUGUCUCAUUAGGCAAACACACCCAGGAUAUCAAGAUAAUGAGGAAAAAAAUUUGAGAUAUGCUGAUACUUUAUUUACGGAACAAGAAAGAGGGUGUUCUAUUAAAUCUACUCCUGUUACUUUAUUGCUGCAAGAUAUCAAAAAUAAAAGUUAUUUGAUGAAUAUUUUUGAUACACCCGGACAUGUUAACUUUUCCGAUGAAGUAACUGCAGCUAUGAGGCUUUGCGAUGGUGUUGUUAUUUUUGUGGAUGCAGCAGAGGGCGUCAUGUUGAAUACUGAAAGAUUGUUGAAACAUGCUGUUCAAGAACAGAUGCAGAUAACCGUGUGUAUAAAUAAAAUAGAUAGAUUAAUGUUGGAAUUAAAAUUACCUCCACAAGAUGCUUACUAUAAAUUGAGACAUAUAAUUGAAGAAAUCAAUGGUUUACUCACUUUGUAUUCCGAUGAUGCUAAUCCCCAUAUAGUAUCACCUGUACUGGGAAACGUUUGCUUUGCCAGUUCUCAAUAUGGUAUUUGCUUCUCAUUAAAAUCAUUCGCAAAUUUGUACCUAUUGUAUUAUGGAGAAGUUAAUGUGGAAGAGUUUUCAAAAAGACUUUGGGGAGAUAUCUAUUUCAAUAGCAAAACACGUAAAUUUACUAAGAAAGCCCCACACAAUUCAGCACAAAGAAGUUUUGUGGAGUUCAUUCUAGAACCUCUUUAUAAGGUAUUUGCUCAAGUAGUUGGCGAUGUGGAUACCACUUUACCGGAUGUUCUAGAUGAGCUUGGCAUUAAGUUGACUAAAAAUGAGAUGAAACUCAACAUAAGACCAUUAUUGCGACUGGUUUGCAAUAAAUUUUUGGGAGAUUUUAAUGGAUUUGUUAAUAUGUGCGUAGAACACAUUAAAUCUCCUCUUGACAAUGCCAAGAGGAAAGUAAAUCAUAUCUAUACUGGUCCUAGUACGAGUAAAAUUUAUGAAGAUAUGGUGAACUGUGAUCAAGAUGGUCUUUUAAUGGUGCACAGUUCUAAAAUGUACCCUACAGAUGAUUGCACUUUUUUCCAAGUGUUAGGUAGGGUUAUGAGUGGAACUCUGCAUGCUGGCACAGAUGUUAGGGUGUUGGGAGAGAAUUAUACAUUACAAGAUGAAGAAGAUUCUCGCAUUCUAUCAGUUGGUCGUCUUUGGAUAUAUGAAGCUAGAUAUAAAAUUGAACUCAACAGAGUACCAGCUGGUAACUGGGUUCUCAUAGAAGGAAUAGAUCAAUCUAUUGUUAAAACUUCCACAAUUACCGAUCUUACUAUAAAUGAUGAACUCUACAUCUUCAGACCAUUGAAAUUCAAUACACAGAGCAUCAUUAAAAUAGCAGUUGAACCAGUUAAUCCCUCUGAAUUACCAAAGAUGUUGGAUGGAUUAAGAAAAGUAAAUAAGUCUUAUCCAUUAUUGACUACAAAAGUUGAGGAAUCUGGAGAACAUGUGGUCUUGGGUACUGGAGAGUUAUACUUGGACUGCGUCAUGCAUGACUUGAGGAAAAUGUAUUCAGAAAUUGAUAUCAAAGUCGCCGAUCCUGUUGUUGCUUUCUGUGAAACUGUGGUAGAAACUUCGAGUUUGAAAUGUUUCGCAGAGACACCAAACAAAAAGAACAAGCUGACCAUGAUUGCCGAACCACUGGAAAAAGGAUUAGCUGAAGAUAUCGAAAAUGAGAACGUACAAAUAGGAUGGAAUAAAAAGAAAUUGGGAGAAUUUUUCCAGACCAAAUACGACUGGGAUUUGCUAGCAGCUAGGAGUAUAUGGGCCUUUGGUCCUGAUGCAACUGGCCCAAACAUUUUAGUCGAUGACACAUUGCCUUCUGAAGUCGAUAAGGCACUUCUCAGUUCGGUGAAAGAUUCCAUAGUCCAAGGUUUUCAGUGGGGAACCAGAGAAGGUCCCUUAUGCGAGGAGCCAAUCAGAAACACGAAGUUCAAAAUUCUGGACGCUGUAAUAGCACAAGAACCUCUUCACAGAGGUGGUGGUCAAAUCAUCCCGACAGCCAGAAGAGUUGUUUACUCUGCUUUCCUUAUGGCUACGCCUAGGUUGAUGGAACCUUACUUGUUUGUGGAAGUUCAAGCACCUGCUGAUUGUGUAUCUGCCGUUUAUACAGUGUUGGCAAAAAGAAGAGGGCAUGUGACACAAGAUGCUCCAGUUCCCGGUUCGCCCCUGUAUACCAUCAAGGCUUUCAUACCGGCUAUUGAUAGUUUUGGUUUUGAAACCGAUUUGAGAACGCAUACACAAGGUCAGGCUUUCUGUUUGUCUGUGUUCCAUCAUUGGCAGAUUGUGCCUGGAGAUCCUCUGGACAAAUCUAUUGUUAUAAGACCUUUAGAACCUCAACCUGCAACUCAUUUAGCGAGGGAAUUUAUGAUUAAGACGAGGAGAAGGAAAGGAUUGAGUCAGGAUGUUUCCAUCAAUAAAUUCUUCGACGACCCUAUGUUGUUGGAACUUGCAAGACAAGAUGUGAUAUUGAAUUAUCCACUUUUGUAAAUUUAAUAUUAAAAAAAUUCAACUUCAA